AUGAUACAACUCGAGGAAAGGGACAUCCCGCAGAUCCCUGGGACGAAGCUCGGCAAGGACGACACGCGGGAGCUCCAGUACUUGGUGGCGGAGCUUCUCGGGCGCACCAACGUCAACUUCGCCGGGUCGCAGCCGGUGCUGUUUGAGCGGAAACACUUUGGCGAGUUCCUUUUGAAGCGGGACUACUUUGUGUGUGAGAAGACCGACGGGUUGCGGUGUCUUUUGUUCAUCAUCAACGAUCCCGAGAAGGGCGAAGGCGUGUUCCUCAUAACCAGAGAGAACGAGUUCUGGCACAUCCCCAACAUCCACUUCCCCUCGUCCGUCGACGAGACCGACGACCGCAAAACCUACCACCACGGCACCCUACUCGAUGGCGAGUUGGUAUUGGAAAACAAGAACGUGUCCGAGCCCUAUCUCCGCUACUGUAUUUUCGAUGCUCUUGUCAUGAACGGAAUGCGACUCGUGGAGAAGCCGUUGACGCUGCGAUUGGGCCACUUGGUGCAACAUUUCCAGAAGCCGUUCGACAAGUUCAAGCUCCGGCACCCCCAGAUUGUAGGGCUGCCACUGUUCCCGUUUAAAGUGAGCGUGAAACAGAUGCUUUCCGCUUAUCAUGCUGACGAAGUGUUAGCGAUGAAAGACCGCCUUUUUCACGAGUCCGACGGGCUUAUCUUCACCUGUGCCGAGCUGGCCUACAAGUUCGGCACCGACCCCACUUUACUCAAGUGGAAACCGGCCGACGAAAACACUAUUGACUUCAAAGUGGAGUUUGUGUGGAAUAAAGCCCAAGAUCCCGACAAGGACGAAAAAGACCCUGAUUCCACCUACACCGACUACGACCUGAAACCUAACCUCAUCCACUUAAAGGUGUGGGAGGGCGGCAACAUCCACAGCAACUUCACCGAGCUCGAGCUCACCGACAGCGACUGGGAACGGCUUAAAGCGCUCAACCAACCGCUUCAGGGGCGCAUCAUGGAGUGCAUCAAGAGCCAGACCCACCCUGGACGGUGGGAGAUGAUGCGGUUCCGCAACGACAAGCGCAACGGCAAUCACGUGACGGUGGUGGAGAAAAUCCUCAACUCGAUCAAGGACGGGGUCAAGGAGAAGGAGGUGAUCGACAUGUGUGCCGUGAUCCGGCGCUCGUGGCGUAACCGCCACCCCGCCCCUGGGGGUGGUAACUCGGCUCCCCACCCGCACAAGCGCCCCGAGCCGCUGGCAGCGGCCCCCGCCGCCGAGCCGCCGGCAAAACGCCUGCGGCCCGCUGCUAAUGAUGACGAGAUUCCCGAGUACGAGGACAGCGAUGCCGAGUAA